GAGCUGGGUUUUUGGAUCCCAAACACCCAAGGGACGAACCAAAGAGAGAGGGGGCGAUUUGAGGGCAUUCUUGGAGUGGAAUUGGAGGAUUUCUUCGCCUUGGAAGCUCGAGGAACAAGCCCGGACUUGAAGACUGAUCAUCUGAAGAUUCUUACUGCAGUCUCUCUCUUCUCUAUGGAGUAACUUCCCUUCAUUUAGGUUUUGAGGAACCCUAGCUAUGUUUGUUUGAUUGGAUGAUUGUAUGAGUACUCUGACUUGAUAAUCUUGAG